AUGGUCGCAGUGGAGAAGGCAGGCCAUGGUUACCUGAAGUCCAUUGCUGGGACUGUGAUGGUUCUGGAGAGGACUGUGGAGGGUGCAUACGGGACCCUGAACAGAAUCCUCACUAGUGAUGGACUUACUGAAGCCUUAGAACAAUGGCACAUCUAUGAGAAGCCCUGCCGCCGCCAGCGAGAGAGCUGUGAAACAUGCCAUAGGAUCUACCACAUGGAAAUGGCUCCAGAGAUGAACUUCGUGAUGCGAAAGAACCGGGCAGAUCCACGGCAGGGCUGCUAAGGCCUGUGAAUAGAAGACCCACGUUAGUUCUGUGUCCAGCUCU